GCCGCUGCCGCUGCGCCCUGGCUCCGCCGCCGCCGCGCAGCUGCAGCCCCGCUCCCGCCCGCGGCGCGCCGAGACCCCAGCCCGUGCCCGCUGGCAGGCUUCAUCAGCAGUUUCUUGAUGUUUGGAAAGUUCUGAGACCCACCCUGUCGGACCACUUGUAACCAGUGCCUAAGACUACAGGAACGUAUGUGUGGAAGAACCUUUCCUUGAAGGAAGUGUCCCUUGCUAUACUGUGGAAACUCCGUGCAAGCCUUGCCAGGCAGGAGAGUAAUUUGUGCUUCCAUUGGCGCUUGUUUGUAAUCUCUGCUUCUUAUGCACUCCAGCACCCCUAUCAGUUCCUUGUUCUCCUUCACCAGCCCUGCAGUGAAGAGGCUGCUGGGCUGGAAACAAGGAGAUGAAGAAGAAAAGUGGGCAGAAAAAGCUGUUGAUUCCUUAGUGAAGAAGUUAAAGAAGAAAAAGGGUGCCAUGGAAGAACUGGAAAGGGCUCUGAGCUGCCCGGGUCAGCCCAGUAAAUGUGUCACUAUCCCACGUUCCUUGGAUGGGCGGCUGCAGGUGUCUCACCGCAAGGGGCUUCCCCACGUCAUAUAUUGCAGAGUGUGGCGCUGGCCUGAUUUACAAUCUCACCAUGAGUUGAAACCACUGGAAUGUUGUGAAUUCCCAUUUGGCUCAAAACAAAAAGAAGUGUGCAUUAACCCCUACCAUUACCGGCGGGUGGAAACCCCAGUCCUGCCUCCUGUACUCGUUCCAAGACACAGUGAGUUUAACCCUCACCUCAGCCUCCUUGCCAAGUUUCGAAACACUUCUCUGCACAGUGAGCCACUGAUGCCGCACAAUGCCACCUAUCCUGAUUCUUUCCAGCAUCCUCCAUGCACCCCUUUUCCAUCAUCACCCAGCCACAUGUUUUCCCAGUCACCUAACAGCAUCAGCUAUCCCAACUCACCAGAAAGCUCUUCUGGACCAGGAAGUCCCUAUCAGCUCACAGUGGAAACUCCGCCUCCGCCCUACCACACAAGAGAACCUGCAGGAAUGCACAAUGGACGGUCAAUGGAUGCAAUAGCUGAAAGUCAACUAGUGCUGUCUUUGCCCAAUGGAGGUAAAUCUGCCGAUGGAGAACCUGAAAACUUUCGGCCUGUUUGUUAUGAGGAACCCCAACACUGGUGCUCAGUUGCCUACUAUGAACUCAACAACCGUGUAGGGGAGACUUUCCAGGCUUCCUCUCGAAGCAUCCUUAUAGAUGGAUUUACAGAUCCCUCAAAUAACAAAAACAGGUUCUGCCUGGGUCUGCUGUCAAAUGUAAACCGCAACUCUACUAUAGAAAACACCAGGAGACACAUAGGAAAAGGUGUUCAUCUUUACUACGUUGGAGGGGAAGUUUAUGCCGAAUGUGUCAGUGACAGCAGUAUUUUUGUGCAAAGCCGCAACUGUAACUACCAGCAUGGUUUCCACCCAGCCACUGUCUGCAAGAUCCCCAGUGGCUGCAGCCUCAAGAUCUUCAACAACCAGCUCUUCGCCCAGCUGCUUGCCCAGUCAGUCAAUCAUGGUUUUGAAGUGGUGUAUGAGCUGACCAAGAUGUGUACUAUUCGAAUGAGCUUUGUUAAAGGCUGGGGAGCAGAGUAUCAUCGCCAAGAUGUUACAAGCACGCCCUGCUGGAUUGAGAUCCACCUGCAUGGACCGUUGCAAUGGCUGGAUAAGGUGCUGACACAGAUGGGCUCACCUCACAACCCCAUCUCCUCAGUCUCUUAAGAAUCAUCUCUAGAAUUUCUUUAGGAUGGAUGCUAUUGCAGGCAGUGGCUUAUAGAAUUCCCAGUGAACAGAAGCUUCUAUAUGUAGAUGUAUGUAGAUGUAAAUAUAUCUAUACAUAGUCUACUCUCUUUUUUUUUUAUGCUGCAUUUUGUGGUUUCUAGUUACUCUGAUGCCAGUACAACAAGUUUAGAAAUUCAGGUAUAGCAUAUCUGUUCUCUAGUGCAAAAUAAGCCAAAUUCCUGCAAAAGUGUCAAACAUUUCCUGUGAGCAUCUUCAUUCCCCAGCCAAGCCAGUAAAUGGUGCGAAUUCUCAGCACUUUCAUGUGGGUUCGGAAACCUGGCUGUAGCUGUUCCUAGUAGGUGAAAUUCACCCCUCUGCAGGCAACCAAAGUCAGAUCUCUAUGCCAUUUAUAUCCAUUUUACAUCCUAAUUUCAGGUCUAAAAGUGGACCUUAGAUGGUGCACAGGACUUAUGCAUAGAGAUGACUUUUAUCUAGUGAACUGAAGGACUAAAUUGCAAUUCCAGUCUGACUCCCUACUGCAAAGCAUGAUGGGACAACAAAUCCUCUGAGGAGCUGAGGCACCUGCAUCUCCCCUAGGAUUUGGCAGGGGGAGAGAGCCCUCAGGACAUACUCAGCACUGGAGCCUUAUCAGAGCAUUCUGGACACCUCCAAGUAAUCUGUUACUGUUGACACAGUAGGGUACGGUAUUGCUGCACUGAAAAGCAACAAGCUCCUAAGAAAAAAAUAAUAAUUGAAAUAUAGGCCUAUGAGUUAAAAAACUAAUUAACUUCCAGUGCUUUUUUGCAAAGUACAUACAUACUUGCAUAUGUAUCCGGCAUGUAAACUGAAUCCUAUCCAUGAUACAGUAUUGAUGUAGUUUGUUUUAAAGUUAGGACUGUCUGUAGAUAGAAUACUGUGCUGAUAUCAAGGGUACACCUCAAAGGGGCUUGAACUGUGAUUCAGAAAAGGGAAAUGAAGUGUGCAUUGAAGAAGCAAAUAAUUACUUUAUCAUUCUUCUUGGGAUAGUCUCCAUACUGGGAGCAGGAAGCCCCAUGCCCACAGGAUGCAAUGAGAAGGAGAUGGGAGUCAGCCAUCCCCUGUACUGGGCCAAUCCUUGGGAUCUGACUGCAUCACUUGGGUCCGACAGAGAGAGGGCUUCCCUGCCAGUUGCUCCAUACAUCCCCACAAAUGGUUUCUCAUCUUAGAUACAGGUUCCAUCAUUUGCUGUGCUUUUGCCUUACCUGCAGGUGAUGGUGAGGUAGUGUAAGUCGUGAACAAGCAAAGAGUGAAUCGAUGUGCAGAACCUUGUCUGUGUUCCUUCUGUAAACAGGGAAACCUAUUGCCCAUACCCUCAUCCACAGAGCCAGCCUUACAAAAAGGUUCACUUUGUAACCUUUUCGGAGGAGACAUGUGAAACUCUUAAUACAUUUUGAUUGUCUCCAUCAUUUUGCCGAAAGAAUCAAGUAUUAUUUCUUUCAAGGCAUAAAAGUUCAUUGAAAAUUGUUUUGCUUUAAGGAUCAGAAAGAGUGAUAACUUCUCCAAUCUCAUUCCUCCAUGGAAUACACUAGAAGUAUCAUGAGGAAAAAAAAAUGUUUUACAGAAUGUUUCUUUUCUUCUCACACAAUAUCUGGUGCUACACAUUUUGCUGCAUAAGUCGAAGAGGAUGCCUGAAAUCUUCAGCUAUAUCACAUAUGCAAAGGAAAUAACAUUCACUGGAAAGACAGUAAGUAAAGUAACAGUGUUAUUUCAGUGCAUCUUCAGCUGCCUGUGAAAUUUGCAGGACACAGAAGGAUAAAUUAUUGUUAAGUUUGAGCAGUAAUAGCAAGUUGUAUAUGAAAUUUGUACAUGCGAAGAAACCUGUUCUGUCACCAUUUGACGUCAUGGGUGUCACUGUGAGAUAGGAAAAGCUUUACAGUCUCUUGCAGCAAUGAAAUACAAUAAUAAUAUUACACAGAAAUUCCAGGUGUGCCAUUUACUGUUUAGCAGACUUGAGAGACAUCAGUUUGGAAAAAUGCGUUUUCCUCAGCUCCCUCUGUCAUCAGUGACCCUGUACCAAGGUACUGGUAACAUGUUUUUUAGCAUGUUUAUUGCACCUCUUCUCCAGUAGCACCUUUGCUCUAGGAUGAGCACCUUUGUGUGUAGCUCAUUUCUUUGCUUUCUUAGCAGCUAAGGACCAGAGAAAAUCACCUCUCCUGUCUAGGAUCUAGCUCUGUCCUUUAUCCUAGGUUCCCCCUUGUCUUUUAGGCUGAAACCUCCUUCCCUUCUAAUAUAGAGAGAAGCUUUUAUAGAGAGAAGACAUUCCCAGCAUUGUCAUCUUCCUCACAGAGAGCAAAAAGAUGUUCUGAGGUGUAUCUGCUCUUGCGCAGCUCCAGAACCCAGUUUCUGCCAAUGCUGAAAAAUAGGCCAGUGAAGAGAAACAGGUCCUUUUGGGACAUCAUUCAUUUCAUCAUAAGACAGGCAUUUCAAGUAGGUGAAAAUGUACUUUGGGCAUGCUUAUGUUUUCCCACUGAGUAUAAGGGGAACUUGUGUCUCUAGCGCAAAUGUGGACUGCUACACUGGACAUUCCAAAAGUAGAUGAGGUGGACCCUAAGGAAGAUGUGGUAGCUUUCCCAGCCUAAUAACGAUGCUUGCUCAGUUAAGUGUCUGUGUUGUUUGAAUAAAAGUUGGUAAAAUCA